AUAAGGCUUCGUGUACAGUUGUGAUAGGCACCUACUGUUUUAUAGGUAUAUUAGAAAGCCUAGAAGACUACACUCCCCUCCCGUCUUUCCUUAGUAGAUUUACAUCUUACCCCGGUCUAUCAUCUAGAUCUUAGCUUAGUCCACUAGUGACUAGAGGAUAGAGCGUUCUUCGACAGGCGCCUAGUGGUAGCUUAUUGCGCCAGCCACAGGGUUUGAAUCCACUGGCCCCAAGGCCCCCAAUUAGUUCUUUUUACCCCAAGGCUCUACCAAUGACGCUCUACGACUAAGCCCAUCUGGCCGACCGGGAUAAAGCUGUGGGACCACUAGUCGCGGGGAUAAGACGGAGACAACCUUUAGCCAAGGUAAAAUGGCCAAUUGGUAAGCACUAGCUAACUUGUUUAUCCGAGGGAGCGAAUGGUGCAAGACCAACCCGUUGGAGUAUUGGGCACUACCCCAGAAUAAUGCCUAGGAACUUGAUGGAGACAAACCAAGGUGCCAGGAAUAUCCUUUUCGUGAGAUACAUAGAUAGAAUGUCUCCUCUGUCUUGGUGCUCCAAUCCCAGUAAACAGAUAUGAAAAGCAAAAUCAUGGCAGACUCUGACUCUCAGCUUGCUCGCUUGGAGGCCUUCCUCCUGGGCCAUCCCAGUAUCAAGUACACAGCACCCUCGUCGCCUGAGUUCUCCACCGUGUGUAAGGUAUGGAAUCUGGCUCGUCUAGACACUCCACUUGCCGUCGUCCAUCCUGAAAACGCAGAGGAUGUGAGGGUACUGGUGCAAUUCGCCAAGUCCCAGAGGAUCCAAUUCACCAUCCGGGUAGGCGGUCACAAUAUGGAAGGCCGGGCUCUCGUAGAUGGCGCCCUCGUAAUCGAUCUUCGGGCGCUUACGGGGGUCCAGAUAGCCGAAGAUCGCCAAUCGGCUACAGUAGAGGGAGGAAUCCUCCAGGGAGAGCUCGGCACAAAGCUGUGGGCCGAAGGACUCGCCACACCCACGGGGUCAAUCCCGUGCGUUGGCUAUGUUGGGUGGGCCAUGUACGGAGGAUAUGGACCCUUCUCGUCACACUGGGGACUCGGGGUCGAUCAGAUUCUUGGUGCGACGAUUGUGAAUCAUGAUGGGGAGAUUCUCCAGGCGGAUGAGAAGCUCCUGAGGGGCAUUCGUGGGGCGGGAGGUGUGUUCGGUGUGAUUGUUGAUCUGACUAUAAAAGUGUAUCCACUCAAGAGUUUUCUGGCCGGUGUAAUUCUCUUUGGUUCCCGGGAUAUCAACAAAGCUUUUGCCAAUUUUAACACUGGAUACCAAAAGCUACUCCACAACGGCAUCCCUAAGCAGCUCACCAUCCAACAAGCAGUAUUCAACGCGCCUCCUGGACGCGUCUUCGCUGUUCUCUUCGCCUGGAGCGGCGAUGACACUGAAGAGGGCCAACACUGGAGCAACCAGAUCGCAAGCUUGGCACCACUGUUCAUGAGCACAGUCGGGGAGACUACAAUCCCCGAAUGGUUCACCGGAAAUGCAGCCAUGGUCCCGUCAAGUGUAUAUGGAUCCAGUCGCACACUGAAUCUGUACAGCGUCACACCUCAAGUCGCCGAGGCAAUCGGACGCGGUCUAACCGCGCUACCGACUGAUCCAGGCACCAUGGUCUCCAUACAUCAGCUAAGAGGUCCCUCUGCAGAGCCGAAAGAUAACUCUGUCUUUGCUACCAGAGAGCCACACUACAUGCUCGAGAUCGUUGGGUUCGCAGUGGUGGAGGACCGUAAGGGGGAGGCCGAGCAAUGGGCAUCUGACAUUGAGGAGGCGAUCUUGAAGACCGACGGUGGGAAUAUCCUUCCCACUACGUAUAUCUCUCUACAUUCUGCUCCUGGGUGCGGGACUGACCCGCUGAGUCAGUUCUAUGGCUCUCACGCCGAGGAAAUUCUUUCGUUGAAGAAGGAAUAUGACCCCGAGGGCUUCUUCCAUUGGACUGUACCUCAAUUAGGAUAACCGUUGCAAUGGGAUUCUCGCCCUGCAUAGUGAGA